AGUGGAUAGAUAAAAUCAGACAAUUGAGCAAUAACUACGAGGAAACACCGCUGAUGGCUGUGGUUGGUAACAAAUGCGACAUGGAACAUCAGAGGACGGUGAAAAGGGAUCGAACACACAAAUUCGCCGCGGACAAUGGAUUUCCGUCUCACGAUGUUUCCGCUAGAACUGGCGAAGCGGACUAUCACAAGCCGAUAAUAAUUGCGGAGAUAGGUGACACGGUGGACAUGAACACUGUUCACAAGGUUGUGAAAAGAUUCCCCACGAGGAAGCAAACUCAAAUCCCUUUUCAUCCCCAUUUACCCGGUUCAAAGUCGUCGGUUUGCCUGUUACAG